AUGCGAGACUCGCCGCCGCCAGUCAAGGCGCGGACGCCCGACACCAGCCACGUUGGGCUCCACCGUCCCUUCGCCGACGUAUACGAGGCCGCAGAAGAUUCUUUCCUUUUCCUUGACGCGCUCGAGAGCGAUCUCCAGUUCCUUCUGCGCAGGCGCCCUUCGCUAAUUAUCGAAAUCGGAUCUGGCAGCGGCUGCAUCAUCACGUUCCUGCGGAGUCUCUUUCGGCUGGCGACAGCGGCGUCGGCGGCCUCUAAGUCUCUGGAAGACGGCAUUCUUCUCCAAGCCGCGGAGGCAGAUCGAGGACGCGACAGGGACCGCGCGCCCGACGACCCUGUGAAGGCCCUCGCCGGCGCGGGCGAUGCCGCGCCUCCGCUAGCCUCGCCCCCUUCAGCUUGUGACGCGUCCGCUGCCUCUGCGGGAUGGACUCCGUGUUUCCUCGCUGUCGACUGCAACCUCUCUGCGACCAAAGCGACGCUGGAGACCGCGCAGCGUGCGGUGGAAAGCGACGCCAAGGCGAACGGAGAAGACAGCCCACGGCGCGAAGCGCCUUCUGGAGACGCCUCAGAUCCGGGAGACGCUCAAAGUACCGCCACAGAAGAGCCGCCAAAAGAGAAGAAGACGGCAAAGCCUCGCGGGGAUAUCGACGUGACUGCCAGCGAUCUCUUCAGAUGCUUCCGCACGCGCCGGGAACCCACCGACGCGCGUGCGGUGUCUUCCCCCUCCUCUCCCUCCUUGCCUCCUACUACCGCCUCAAGCCCUUCAGGAGCCUCUGUAGCAGGCGCGACCGACGGGCUCUUCGACGUUGUGCUUUUCAAUCCGCCGUAUGUCCCAGGGACUCCGCGCCGUCCGCCGAGUCCGGCAGACUGGGCCUGGUGGGGCGGCGCAGACGGGCGCGAGGUCAUCGACCGCUUUCUUCCACACGCCAUUGCGCACCUGUCGCCCGCUGGAGUUCUUUACCUCUUGCUGGAGAAGCAAAACAAGAUUGAAGAGGUCGUGGCGCGCAUGGAGUCGCUGGGAUUCGCUGCGGUGCAAGUGAAACGCCGCAAAAUCCACGGGGGAGAAGAUCUUUCCAUCUGGCGCUUCACCAGGCUGGGAAGCGGCGUUGAAUAA